AUGGAUACUAAUAGUACUGGGCAAUACAAUGUCGUUGAUGCUAGAUCAGUCACUGAAGAAUUUGAUAAACUUUUUGAUAAAAUAUUUGAAAAUAAAUCAAAUAUCUCAGUUGGAGAUGCAUUAAGAUAUGAAGGGUGGAAUCCUGAUACCCUAUUGAAACAAAUUGUCGAAUGGAGUAAGUUCAAUUAUUUUUAUGCAACGACAAGUGAUCGAUCAUCUCUUCCUUUAUUAAUCGCCGAAUAUGACCAAUACAAGUUUGAAGGUGAGUCUGAUUUCAUGGUUACUGAUCAGCGUGGGUAUGUUUCGAUUGCUCAUUGUAUUGCUGAGCCUAUUUCAAAUAGGAUAGAACUAGGAGCAGUGGUUACAAGUAUUGAUUGGAAUGAUGAGUGUUUCUGUGCUCAUGUUGCUGGGCAGGGAAGGGUCUGUGGUGAUUAUGGCAUUACAACAUUUUCCAUUGGAGUAUUGCAGAAUUUUCUUGAAAAUGGUCAAUUUAACGGAACUCUCAGUAGGAGAAAAAUUGAUGCAAUAAAAUAUUCAGAAAUGGCUGUGUAUCACUCUAUAAGUGUUGGUUUUCCCAGCUCAUUCUGGAAUACAAACACUGAUAUUAUUUAUCGAACUGAAGCUCGAUUAGGCUACUAUCCUGUGAUAGAUACAUCUGGUAAAGGAAUACCAGGAUCACCUGCAAUAGUAUUAAUGGCUGUGACUGGUGAUGAAGCUAAAAGAGUAUCGGGUCUUACUAAGGAUGAAAUCUAUGAUGAAAUUAUGGACGUGAUGCGACUUUGGUAUGGUAGUGAUAUUCCUAAUGCUACUGACAUUGAAUAUUACGACUGGUAUAGUGAUGAAUUUUAUCGUGGCAUGUUUUCCAACAUUCCACUAAAUCUAACUCUUGAAGAGAAAGAAAACCUUGCUGUACCAGAAGGAAGGUUAUACGUCAGUGGUGAAGGUGUCAUGGUCUAUUCUACUGGAACUGUUCAUGCUGCCUACUGUAGUGGCAUUGAUUCUGCAACUGAUAUACUAGAAAAGAAAGGUCUUAGUGAGAGGAGUACCUUUCUACCCAAAUGUGAAGAUAAAACUACACCUCCGUCCUCUGCUUAUUCCAUGAGAAUGUCUCUGAUUACCUUCAUCAUGACAUUGUUCAGUCUCUUUUUGCUCCUGCUUUAG